AAGAAAUGUUUUUGGAAGGAAAAGAUCCACUUUUAGACCAUGGCACUGAUUCCGACUGGGAGCCCCCAGCGCCAACUUGUUCAUCCAGCUGGACCCCUGCUGUCUCUGGGCCAUCUACAGGUGUGAAGGCACCGACAAAGAAGCGGAAGAGGGGAAGUGUGCCACCUGCUAACAAAGGGACAGAAGGGCGUUGGCACACUGUCCUAGAAGAUGAUGUGGAGCCACCCCAACCAACUUUUCGGCCGAAAAGGAAGCCAGGACCUCAGGUGAACUCGACCACAAUUUACAGCCCCCUUCAGCUUUUUCAGUUGUUUUUCACACAAUCCGUUGUAGAUUCGCUCGUGUCUAACACGAAUAAGUAUGGGAAGAAGAAGCAGGCAGGCAAAAAGGUAGCAUGGAAGCCCAUAUCCAUGUCAGACUUUUUCUGCUACCUUUCACUGGUCAUCUACAUGGGGAUGGUGAAGCUGAAAAGCCUGACGGACUACUGGAAAACGUCAUCACUCGACCAACUGCCUUUCCCCAUGACUGUUAUGUCCUGCAAAAGGUUUCUGGUUCUUUCACAGGCGCUUCAUAUCAGUGACCCAAAGGUUGAUGAAGAGAAUGACAAGAAGAGAGGCACAGCAACGUUUGAUAGACUGUGCAAAAUCAAACCUCUCUACUCCAGCAUUGUUGAGGCCUGCAAGACGUACUUUCAGCCAGCCCAGAACGUGUCAAUCGAUGAGAGGAUGGUAGCCUCAAAGGCCAGAAUUGGCCUCAAACAAUACAUGCGAAACAAACCAACCAAGUGGGGUUACAAGCUGUUUGUGUUGGCUGAUUCUGUGUGUGCCUACACAUGCAAUGUUUUUGUCUAUGAGGGGAGGAACAGUUUUGCUACCGGUAAGGGACUUGGCUAUGACUCUGUAAUGGAGUUAUUGGAUUUUCAACUGCUAGGGAAGGGCUACAAACUGUUUGUGGAUAACUUCUACACAAGCCCUACCCUGUUUGCAGACCUGAGGAAGCGGGAAUGGAUGGAUACCAGAGAGGUGGUGAUGUGCACAACAAUCCACAAGUCCUUCAGUGGGGAUCAUGUGGUCAGACAUGUCAAGGAUGGUGCCGGGGUAUGGACCACCAAAAAUGUCCCCAUUCCAACUGCAGUAAAGGACUACAACAAGAGCAUGGGAGGUGUGGACCUAUCAGAUGCGCUGAUAGGCUAUUACAAUGUUCUGCAUAAGACAAUGAAAUGGUACAAGACCUUCUUCUAUCAUUUCAUCGACAUUGCUGUGAGGCACGAGCAGGAAGCUGGGGAGUUCAAGGCACAGGUGGAGAGAACCAGGGAGCUGGCAUCGAAAGCCGAAAAAGAUAAGCUACUGCUAGCCGAGGAACUGUGUGUGAGAACAGAUAAAUUGGAAGAUCUGGCUAACACUUAUAACAAAGAACGCAAACAAACUCUUGACCAAGUCCGUAUCCGAAAGGAACAACUCGUUUUAGCCAAAACUAAAUACGAUGAAGUCCACGCAAAACUAGAUGAAUCUGACGAGCUAGCUAGAAACCGGGGCGAGCAACUUGAUGCCCUGCAAACGGUUGUGAAUGAAACCCCUCAAAGCAAUAAUGUUCUAUUCCAAAAGCUGCAGACCAAAGACGAUCAGUUAAUGAACACAAUGACCAAGUUGGAGGACAAAACAGCAGAACUCAUUGAAGUCGCUGAUUUAAUGAAGGAUGAGAAAAACCAGGUGAGAAAGUUGGAAAAUGUGACCUCUAAACAAAAGGACAUCGCAUCACUGGAUCUUUCACUCCACACUUGA